CAACACGAAGAAUUCAUUGUGUAAUUCGCACGACGGCGCCGCCGCCGGAAACUCCCUGAUGACGGUUAUUCUUUUGGCAGACGGGAGGAGUUGACUCCGAUGCCUGUGAGGAACCGUAUAAUCAAGCAUCAUCAGUUCAGCAAAAGCUUUUUUUGUACUAUUGGUGAGCCAGUUCUAAAAAGAUUUAGUCUGAGGAGAAUGUAGCAAAAUUUGUUGCCAAUCAGUCUGAGGUGAAUGUAUCACAGAUGCUGGUUCAUUUUUCACAUGUUUCUGGAAAUAAUUUAUCCCUACUGCGUGCUGCAUUCUCCUAAAUGGUUAUCUCCUAGAGGGCGGUUAAUAUUCCUGAUUGAGACGUAUAUUCGUAGGAAGUAGAAACAAGAUAUCUCACAUAUUGAAGUGGAGCAAAAUCAGUUGCUGAAAUUGGAAACUCAAGGAAGAGUAUCAAAAAACAUUUGAAACUUGGGGAUAUUUGAUGUUUCAUCCUUUACUGACAUCUCUAAAGGACUGCAUUAGUCACGGUGAUCUUGGUAAAGCUUUUAGAACCUUCUCUUUGAUCCGGCUUCAUGUCACUCUUUCUGCUUCUCAGGAUCAGAUCUUAGAGCCGAUUAAUUCCCUACUAGGAGCUUGUUCAAAACUUAAGUUGCUCCAACAGGGUAGGCAGGUACAUUCCCAGAUCAUAAGUUUGGGUCUGGAUCAACAUAGUCUAUUGCUGCCUAAGAAGCUUGUCACUUUAUACUCAACUUUUGAUCUAUUGUCUGACGCACAUUUGAUAGCUGUGAAAUCUAGUGUUUUGGAUCCUUUGGUUUGGAAUAUCCUUAUAUCUGCAUACAUAAGAAAUAGGCUCUCAAGUGAGGCUCUGUCUAAAUACUGACAAAUGUUGAAUUUCGGGAUCAGACCGGAUGAGUUUACGUACCCAUCUGUGCUGAACAACUAAAUCUUCGUUUUGGUAAAGAAGUUCAUAGUUCCAUUCUGGUCAGCAACUGUGGUGGGUCUAUGUGUGUUCAAAAUGCAUUGAUCUCCAUGUAUGGAAAAUGGAGAUAUUGUAGUUGCUCGUUUCCUGUUCAAUAAGGUGCGCAAUAAGGAUGCACUUUCAUGGAAUUCUAUGAUUUUCGGAUAUGCUUCUAAGGGUAUGUGGGAAGAAGGGUUAGUGCUAUUUGAGAAAAUGUUGCUCGAGGGUGUUGAAUUGAGCAUUAUAACAUGGAACACCAUUAUUGGUGGGUGUUUGCGAACUGGAAACUAUGUGAGAGCACUUGAUUUGCUUUCUCAAAUGAGAGUAUGCGCCAUUAAGUUGGAUGCUGUUACAAUGGCCAGUGGGCUGAGCGCUUGCUCUCAUACAGGAGCUAUAAAAGUAGGGAAGGAGAUGCAUGCAUUUACUAUCUGUGGUGGUUGUGCUAAUGUAAUGAACUAAAUAGUAAAGGUUAUAAUGGGUAGUGCAAGUAGUAUUAAUACUAGUAUCCUUAGGAAGAAGACAAAUUAAGUAGUUAGAGUAAAGAGGAUAUAAAUAAGGGCACAUUAGGUUAUGAGAGUCAUGUUGAGAAUUUGGUAAAGCUUAGGCUUUGGAGAGUGGUGACCUCAAGUCACUAAACCUAGAGAUUGGUGGCCUCAAGUCACUACUUUUAUCCCCUUUUGUGUUUUUCAUCCAUCAAAAAAAUUAAAUAUAUUUUAAUCAUUAAUUUUCUACUCAAAUUUAUCAGUUCAUUUCACUUGGUAUCAGAGCGGUACAAUUCUGGGAGAGAUCUGAUUUUCCGAGUUUCCAAUAAAACAAAAAAAUAAAAUAAAAAAAUGGAUGUUAACAGUUCUGAUCAGAAAUCACAGGAGAAGUGGGAUGAGAUUCUCCAAAAAUGUAAGGAAGAUUUAGUGAAAAAUAUUAUGGAAGGUCUUUCUCCGAUCUUUUCUUUGUUACGGCAAGAAUUGAAGGAAAUCAAAGAGAAAUUUACUGAAAUUAGAGAAGAGAUACUCAAAGAGGAAGAGAAAAAGGUAGUGGCGAAUUCAGAGGUGGUUGAAGUGGAAGUGGUGGAGCAUGCAAAUCUGCAGAGAAGUGGAUCUAGAGAAAAUCUACCCUUUGUCACCGGCGGAAAUGCAGAGGCACCAGAUGCUGGAAAAGGAGCCUCAUGUUGCAGUUUCGUUGUCAAGGAUUUUGGUGGUAGGAUGAGCGGAGGUCAAGGAUUAGGAGGCUAUGCUGGUGGCGUGUCUGAUGUUCUCAUAAGGAAUCGAAAGAAGAGGAAAUUUGAGAGGGGAGGUGCUGGAGGCAGCGGCUCCGGCGGAGGACCAGGCCUUGCUAGACAAGGUAGAGUGAGUGGUGAUGUUGGUGUUUUGUUAGAUAGACAACCUGUAGAAGUAUUUGAACAUGGUGGUCCUGGUUUCUUUAACGAAAAGUGUAAUUUGGGUGGUGGAACCACCACUUGCGGUGGCCUGGAGAAGGAGGGAGGCAGAUUCGUGAAGGGUGGAUCAGGAGCUAGUGGUUCUGGUGGGGGCCCGGGUUACUCCGCGGGUGGCUGCCUCGAAGUUGGUGUUGCCGGCAGUAUGACUGGUGGUAGAAGAUGGAGUGUUAAAGCAGCCUUCCAGAAGAACCAAGGAGAGGAGGUGUAUGGGAGAACCACAGUUGAACUUGUCGUGGGUUUGCUGAAGAACCCUAAUGUGGAAGAUAAGGGAAGCAUGGUCAAAGGCCUAAUAGAUGGUACAACUGGAUUUAAUGUUUUUAGGCCACUUGCAACUGAUACAACUAAGGAAAUUCAAGAAAAUGGGCCUGCUUACUUUGAGCCCAAAUUAAACAAGCUUACAGUUGGGCUUAUGAGCUUUAGAUCCAUUUCCAUAUCAAAUGAAAACCACACCAGUUCCACCCAUAGUUCCACCCAUAACUACAGGAACCAACACAACCCAAUUUAUGUUUCCUGCUCACUUUGGUACAACCCAAACCCGAACACCAUUCCCCCCGACCCGUACUCGCUUUACACUUACCAUCUCAAUUACACCACCCAUUUUAACCAAAAUUCCAUACUAUUUCAUGACCAGUUAAUGAAUUUCUAUUUCAUAGCCAAGCUAAUGCCCAUCACCCUGACAAUUACCAAUGAAGUGCUACAAAACAAGUGGCAACAAAAUUUUGAAGAUGACAAGAUGCAAUUGUAUUCCAUGCUUAAGCACCUUGAGGACAAGCUGCAAUUCAUUCAACAACUCGCUCUCAGUUUGGGCCGCAAGGAGGACAAGGAUCAUUGUUAUCGGCGCCAAGAAGUCAGUGCAAACUUCUAUCCACCUUGAGGACAAGGUGGAAGUUUAGGGGGUCGGUAUUGUAAUGAACUAAAUAGUAAAGGUUAUAAUGGGUAGUGCAAGUAGUAUUAAUACUAGUAUCCUUAGGAAGAAGACAAAUUAAGUAGUUAGAGUAAAGAGGAUAUAAAUAAGGGCACAUUAGGUUAUGAGAGUCAUGUUGAGAAUUUGGUAAAGCAUAGGCUUUAGAGAGUGGUGACCUCAAGUCACUAAACCUAGAGAUUGGUGGCCUCAAGUCACUACUUUUAUCCCCUUUUGUGUUUUUCAUCCAUCAAGCAAAUUAAAUAUAUUUUAAUCAUUAAUUUUCUGCUCAAAUUUAUCAGUUCAUUUCAGCUAAAUUCCUGAACGUUCAGAAUGCAUUGAUAACCAUGUAUGCCUGGUGUCAAGACCAGACAUGCAAAUAUUGUGUUCCAACAGAUGGAAGAAAAAGAUAUAAUUUCUUGGAAUUCGAUAA